AUGGCGCCAGAUCCAAUGUGGUCGACUUCAGCUGUCAAGCGACCAGCUUUGGGUUACAACCCAGCUGACAUCAGCCACGCCCAAAGGAUUCAUGCAAUGGGGUUCCGAGUACGCCUCCGCACCCGGAAGCGGGUUGAGAAGCUUGUGGACUCGGUCGAGAACAACGUGAAGGUGGCAGCGCAGGAAAGUCUGCAUCUGGUGUCAGACAACCCACGUCGCGUCGACUUCGUCGGAAGCGGGGUAAUUCCCGCGUCGGAGCUUGACGUGGGGUUAGAGCUCACGCGCAAGCUACCUCUGUUAUGCACGGUUUCACGUGACAAGGCAAGAGUUGCCGCUUUCGGUCUUCCGGCCCAUCCCGGUCAAGAGAACGAGUGGAUGGUCGGGCGAACGCAUUUCCGACAUACCUACAGCACUUCUAGGAACCAUAUGUCGGCCGCUGGCAUUUCGUUGCUGAGUCUUCAAAAUCCGCAUGUGCUUCAGAAUUCGCAGCACUCUCCCUCCCACUCGGGUGCCGCAAUCGCGAGAGCUUCCCAAAGAUGUCCUACGCCGCCGAGUCUGGCCGGCACAGCGAUCCUGCUCACGGCGUUUGAGAAUCCUGUUCGCGCAGCAUUCGGCACGACGGCCGAACCCACCCGACUCCACCGGCCCGAUCCCGAUCUUGUCAACCGGUCUCUCAGGCUCCAAAAUCUCUCUCUCUCCUUCAAAGCAAAUUGA